UUCGCCGCACGGAUCGGGGGGAUUGUAAUGAAUUUUAAAAUUAAAAGAAAAAUAAUUAUGCGUUGAUUCCAUGGGCAUUUCAAUCUGAGUAAUAAAAUUGUGAUAAUUUGAACAAUGUGUUGUGAACUAAAUAUGUACAAAUCAGUGUAGUGUGUGCUACGUAUGUGUUUUUUAUGUCUGACAGGUGCUUAUCAAAACAUGGUUUAACAAACCGGAUAUUUGUGUAAUAAUUUAUUGGCGAAGGAUUAUGGAUUCGGACCAGGAGUGGAAGAAGUCGGUGGGCUUCCCCAUAAACUUCAGCCCGGACACCACAGACGAUGAUUACGACAACAACGACGUGGUGAUGCGUCACCCGCGGCAUUCGGCGGCUCUGCUGGCGGACGAUGGCGAUGGGGCGCAGGCCGACCUGCUCGGGACCACGCCGCCGCGGCAGCGGAUACGAGAGAAUAAAAAGCGGAGAACAGUGAUGGAGGCUGCCAUGCUGCGGGACCGUCGUACUGCUGAUGACUAUGUCGUCAAUGAGCAGAGUAUGGCGGAUAGGCCAAGGAACCGUUUGUCCAUGAAGCUGCAGCGCUCGCGGGACCGCGACCACAAGUUAGACAUGGGGCAGCGCGAGCCCCGCGCCGACUCGCUGCCCUCACCAAACCCCAUGGCCGCCGUGCCCACACUGGUGGAGUCAUGCAGCCGUUUCAUGUCACUUACCUCCCGCCUCAAAUGUCGAGAGACUGACCCACAGUCCCCAGAAGAGAGCGAGAUAGAAACCAGAGCCGGAGGGGUCACGACUUCCUUACGUGGCCUCUGUCCCAGUGUGGGGUUUGACUUCCCCGGGGACACCGCUGAGAAUGACGUCUUGGCCAGCCGGGUGAACUUCCACAAGACCUUCAGUAUGCUCAUCAAUAUGGGCAAUAUUGAUAAGGGGUGUCGGCGGACCAUCAGUCGCGAGGAGCAGGUCUGGCAGAACGAACUGAAAGACCUGAUUUGGUUGGAGCUGCAAGCGAAGAUAGCUGGCCGAACGUUAGCUGAACAGGACGCCUUCCUCUGCACGCAACGGAAUGUGGUACCUGCCAUCGUCAGCAACAUUCGAGACUACAGAUUCAUGAAUACCAACCCGUGUCGUACGCGGUCGCGGUUAAGAGUCAUCGCGGGGUCGGCAGAGGACGUGCGGGGCUUUGGCGCUGAGGAUGAGAACGAAGGUUCUCAGACCGGCUGCCUGUCCUUCAACUGCCAGCAGUGCACCGAAGCCGUCGGGCGCGCCAUGCAGGAGGUGGGCACUCUCCUGGACUCGUUCUACAACGCCGCGGCUCUGUACCCGUCCAGCCACGCCAUGACGCAGGAACACCCGCUGACAGCCACACAGCUCUUCAAGAACCGGCUCAAGGCGAUGUGUCUAUGGUACAACACGGCAAUGCACAUGCGACUCAAAAUGCUUGCGGUGCGGCGCAUGAUUCGAACUAUGAAGCACAAGACGCGCCGCCCGCUCUCACAUCUCGCUUCCACAGAAUCUGAUCUUAGCAGACAAUCAUCCGAGUGUCAGCGUCCAUCGCAAGUCAGGUUCAACGUGAGCAUCACACCAACAGACUCCAGCAACAGCGACUCUAGCGCUCAAACCGACGUCAUCAAGGAAACAGAUGAAGGAUCAGAAUCUGAUCAGAGUAGAGAGAGGGCUGAAGAUAAAGUAAAGGAUUCAGGGAGUGGACAUUGUGGGAAGGCUUCUGAAGAACAAAAGGCUGAUGAAAACAAGACUGAAGAGAGUAAAGAUGAUGCGGAUAGCUCUGUGAACAAGCGGUCAGACCAAACAGGACCGGAGACGCCCGAGAUAGUGAUAUCAGAUUCUCGCUACGGCACAGCGGACACUGUAGCCUCCACCGAGAGCGGGUACACGUCAUCACCAGAGAGUGACGUCAGCAGCCACACCGACUCCGUGUUCCACAUCGGCAGCCUCGAGGACCUCACCAACCUCAAGCUGCUUGACAAGUGUCAAGUCUCUAUAUACAGAUCAUAUCACUACGAGAUCCUGAAGACGCAGGGCGUGCGGCGAUGUAUGCAGUUCAUGCAGAAGAUGCGCAGUCGCGUGCUGGAUAAAGUUCUGAUGACGUUGGAGAAACCUGACGGCACAACUCUAAACGCGUGCAAAGAAGAGAAUGAAGAAGUAUUCGAAGACACGAAAGAAGAGGAUUUUGAUAAGAUUGACCCUCAAGAUGAGGAGGCGAAGAAGAUGUACGAGUUACGACGGUACGGCUGCUGGUCCGCUGAGUGCAUGUCGAUGGGCCUGCCGUCGUACCGGCCGCACUUCCUGCUGCUGGCGACCAUCUGCAUGGAGGCAGUCCACGACUACCUGUCGCUGCGGCUCGAGGACCGCCCGCAGGCACCCUCUUGCCUCACUGUCAAACAGCUGAUCCACGAGCUCAAGGAAGGUCUGGACAUAGCGACGGAGACGCGCGCAGCGUUCGCGCGCAACAUAGAGGUGGCGCUAACAGGCCAGGCGGUAGACGACGCGGCCAGGAGGGACCUGCUGCUCAUAGUGAGGACCUUUGACAACACUGUCGAGACUGUGCUCAAGCAAUACCUGUCGUACCUGCGCACAAUGUCAGCGGUGGAGGCCAUGCCGCGCAGCUGCCUGCAGGCCGAGUGGACUUUCACGGCCAGGCUCGCUCGCAGGGUGCGCUGCGCCGCCCGCCUCGCGCCUCUUACGUUCACCGAAAUCGCGUGCAACCAACUGGAUCGACUGCACACACAGUUCAAGCAGAAGUUUGAACAACUCCAUGAGUUUGGCAAGGCUGGGACCGACGACAAGCAGUGGGUGUACGCGAUGUGCCGCGCGGUGCAGCACGUGUACGCGGCGGAGCGCGAGCCCACGCUGCACGCCGCGCAGUGGGCGCGGGCGCUGGCCGCGCGCCUACAGCGGGCGCCGCCGCCCGCAUACACCGCGCAGCGGGACCACAUCUUUGAAAGUCUGAUGAGGAUCCGCGACCUGCUCGUCCACCAGACGAAGCUGAUCCUGGAGAAAUCUCGCCCGGACGGGCGGGCGGACGACAUUCCUUACGACUCGCUCGAGAUCAUCAUGGCGCGCGUACGAGAGCUCAUGCUGCAGAUUUACAAGCUUGGAUUUGAGCUCCACAAGGAGCUAUACAGGUUCGCGCAAGGACCCUUCGAGUUAGUUCAGGAAAAGACCACGAGAAGACGACCGGCGUCCUUGCAGCCGGUGAGACCGCAGGCGUCCGACCUCGGCCUCGGGCGGCGAAGAAGGCCUGAGACCAUUAUUAUCAAUGAGUCUUUCAAUCCCAUGCUCCACAAGGAACUCCACCGCUUUGUCCACGACCCGUCCCGCCAGCCGCUCUGCUUCCGUCGCCCCCUCAACGUCAAUUCUUCUCCACCAAAGAGUGGUCGCGUCAAGUUGUUCCGUUCAGACAGCGUGAUAGAAGACGCUGAGAGCAAUCUGUUUGAGGACCGACUGUUUGAUCCCAUCCUGUCCGAAGACCAUCAGUCAAGCAUAGAACUCCUGUUAACGGGUAAGCAGGCGCAACCAGAAGAAGAGCCAGUGGAGCUACGAAGUGGAGGAGAGGUCACCAUCUCUCAGGAGGAGAAGGAGUGGGCCAAGAGGGUGGCCAGGGCUGUGGUGGAGUUUGCCAAGUGCUGGAUGCAGUUUGUCGUGGAGCGGUGUGAGACGGGCCGCGGGUUGAGACCUAGAUGGGCCUGUCAAGGAUUGGAGUUCUUAAUGUUGGCAUGUGACCCGUGCAACACGAGACAUCUCUCUGAAGAAGAAUUUGAUGACUUAAAGCGAAAAAUGGAUGGAUGCAUCUCCCACGUGAUAGGGUCACGGAACCCACAGCGCUGCUUCGAUAGCGUCAGCUCCACGCCCGACCACCACCCCAAAAGGAGGCCAAGAAUACAUAGCCCCCUCCCGAGUACGGGCAGCGCCCCACAGCUCACGCGGCCGGCGCCGGCGCCGCCCACGCCGCCCGCGGAGCCCGAGCCCGUACUGGACUUCCAGCCGCACGACCCUGCGCAACACAGCGCCCGCGUGCUAGAAGCAGUACGUCAAGUAGACCUCGCUCGCGACGAGAAACUCCGCGACAUGCGGUCAGUGGGGCGCGUGGUGGAGGCGCAGGUGGACAGCUACGAGCCCAAACUGCGACAACUCAAGUUCAAGUGGCAGCGAGGGCUGAAGAUCGGCGCUGGUACCUUUGGGAAGGUGUACACAGUAGUGAACACAGAAAGCGGGCAACUGCUAGCGAUGAAGGAACUAAACAUCGGCGCGGGCGACCGGCGGGCGCUGCAACGGGCGGCUAAUGAACUACGGGUGUUGGAGGGCGUCAUACACCCGCACCUGGUCAGGUACUACGGCUGCGAGGUGCACAGGGAGGAGAUGCUGAUCUUCAUGGAGCUCUGUGUGGAGGGUUCCCUGGAAGCCCUAAUAGCGACAUCGGGCGCGUUGGCAGAACACAUGGUGCGGCGAUAUACCAAGCAGCUAGUUAGCGCGGUGGCGGAGCUACACGCAAGGUCCAUCGCGCACCGGGACAUUAAGAGUGGCAACAUCUUCCUCACUAACGAAGGUCAUUGUCUGAAGCUGGGCGACUUCGGUUGCGCUGUGAAGAUACGAGCCCACACCACCGCCGCUGGGGAACUUAUGGGACAUGUCGGCACGCAAGCAUACAUGGCCCCGGAGGUGUUCAUGAAGCCGACAGGUCACGGUCGCGCCGCCGACAUCUGGUCGCUCGGGUGCGUAGUCACUGAGAUGGCUUCAGGGAAGCGGCCGUUCUCAGAAUACGACAGUAACGUCCAAAUAAUGUUCGUGGUGGGCAUGGGCGGGCGGCCCGCCAUACCCGACUGCUUGUCCGAGGAGGGCCAGCAGUUCUGCGCGGCGUGCCUCACGCACGAGCCCGAGCAACGCCCGCCGGCGCAGACGCUCAGCUUGCAUCACUUCCUCAAGUUGCAAUCGGACGACGAUUGUAAAUGCGAGCCCGCCUUCUUGAUCACGUGACCUUCGAACGACUGACAAGUCUUGGAUACAUCGAUCAACGACCGCUUUGUAAGUUAGGAAGAUAGAGGGGACAGGCCUCCCCUCAUAUAGGACGGAUUAUGGACCAUCCACUGCAGGUUGGUGGAGACAUUUACGAAAGUACGUAUCAUUGGGUAGUUUCCUUUUAGUCAAAUUAGUUACUUUACGUAAAGAGCCGUGGUUGCCCAGUUGGUAAAACGCUUGCCUCUCACUUUGAGGUCGCAGGUUCCAAUCCAGCACAGGCCUUAACUAAUGAUUGUCAAAUCUACCCUGUUGAACAUUGAUUUACCACUACCGUAGAUAAACGCUUGGUACAAAAAUGCGGCCAAAACUUGGCGCUUGUUUAACUAUACAUUCGUACACAGCGGUAUAUACAUUCUAUAAAAUAGUGUCAAAUUAAGAAAGUACGCAUCGUCUUAUUACGUAUAUUAGCGCGUGGUGCUUCGUAACGCGGUCGGGUUAUACUGCGACUCGGAGUAUUUGUUUUAGUGUAUUUAAAACUAAAAUUAUAAUAGCGACUCAGCAAGGCAAGGUGGAUGGCCUAGGGUUAAUUUUAUUUGAAAUUUUAUACCUGUCAUUUUCUUAUCCGCCGAUAAGGAAAGGCACGGAUAAUUGACGGCUGUUAAGUUUUAAAUGAAUGAAAAACCCGGUGAAUCAGACAGGUAUCUCGCUGGUAUGCAACCCGUUUGACGUGUGAUAUCAACUUAAUUCUGUCGGGUUAUUGACCAAUAUAGAAUUUUUAGAGGGUUGUUUUAGAUAUGUGCCUAAAAUUGACGUGUAUUGUAUAAAUUUUAUGCCUGUCACCUUGUCGGCGGAUAAAAAAGACAGGUAUAACUUAAAACAAAAUUAGAUGGUGUUUACAGAAAUUAAAUAAAUCAUUAUCAAAUAUCUGAUACUUUUAGAUAACUUGUUAUGUUGUUAAUGGUAAAAUUUGAAUGAAAUUCAUAAUUAACUAAUUAAAUACAGGGUGUUAGUGACAUCGUAAGGAAAACUUUGAGGGGUGAUUGAUGCCAUGAUUGUGAGAUGAUAUCAAGUGAAAUUUUCCGUCGCAAAAGUAUGGAUCUGAAAAUAAUAAAAAAAAACACAAAAAAUUUCAUGAAUAUUCAGACUGAAAAUUCCACUUGAUAUCAACUAAGAAUCAUGGUCUGAACCAACCCCCUCAGUAUUCGUUACGAUGUCACUUACACCCCGCACAAGUACAUACGGUAGCCAUACAAGUAGGUAUGGGUGUUAGUGACAUCGUAACAAAUACUGAGAGGGAUGACUCAGCUGAUUAUUCUGAGUUAAUAUCAAGUGGAAUUUUCCAUCGCAAAAGUAUAGAAUUGAAAAUAAUUAAAAAAAACUAAAAAAAAUCAUGAAUUUUGCGACGAAAAAUUCCACCUGAUAUUAACUCAGAAUCAGGGUCUGAAUCAUCCCCCUGAGUAUUCGUUACGAUGUCACUAACACCCUGUAUAUUUAGACUUACGUAUGUAAGAGAGGCCUAUGGCGGCUUAAUAAUAACCCUGACACCAGGGUUGAUGAGUUCCGUUAUCGACCUUAACCCACACGAAAGAAGAAUAUAUUAUUGUAUUGUUUCAAAUGUGCCAUUGAAAACUGGCCAUAUAAUAAAAAUGCAUAUUUUUUUAUUCAUACAAAAUAUGUAUUAAAAUGCAUGCAUGCAUUUAGUAUUUAUUGAUAUAAUAUGCACCAGUUAAAUAUUGUAUUGAAAUUCAUCACCAGCCCAUUAACGUCCCCACUGCUGGGGCACGGGCCUUCCCUAUGGAUGGAUAGGGAGAUCGGGCCUUAAACCACCACGCGGGCCCAGUGCGGAUUGGUGGUUAUUAACGACUGCUAAUGCAGCCGGGACCUGCGGCUUAACGUGCCUUCCGAAGCACGGAGGAGCUCGAGAUGAAAACUUUUUUUUUUUUGUGGUCACCCAUCCUGUGACCGGCCUUUGCGAAAGUUGCUUAACUUCAACAAUCGCAGACCGAGCGCGUUUACCGCUGCGCCACCGAGCUCCUCAAAUUCAAAUUGAAUCAAAUUGAAAUUACAACCUGUAAUCUCUAUCUGUAUCUGUAGGAUGUGUAGCACUGUUGAGUUUUUCUAAAUUUUGACAGUUCUCCAUAUUGUCCAGCUAGAAUUCUUGUUAAAUUGAUGUAAAACGUGGAGCAACGUGGAACGUAUCCCACCUGAAGGAUGAGUUACGAGAAGGAAAACAGCCGUCAGUUGGAAAAAGGCAGUUUUUAUUAAAAGUAAGUUUUUCUACGUUUUCUUCUUUCCGAUCUUUAGCACAAAAAAACGCUUUGAAAACUAUAACCAAAAUAAUAAUGUGUCUAUUUACUCAAAUAGUAUGGGGAACUGUAAAAAUUUAAGAACACUCAUCAGUAGCGACACCUAAUGGGAGAAAAUAUGUAGUUUUUAGGGUUCCGUAGCCUAAUGGCAAAAAACGGAACCCUUAUUAUCCUCAUUGGUAUACUUAAAAUAAUCUUAUAAAUUGUACCUAUAAUAAUUAACGGUUAGAUGAAAUUAAAUUGUGAUGAAUUGUGAACAAGCUAUUCUAAAUAUUUAUUCUAAUACUGUUUAUAUUGUCAUAAGCUGUUACAAUAGCGAAUACUAGAUCUAAAUAUUGCAGCUAGAAAAUAUUUUUUACUAGGUAUAUCAUAUUUGUUAAGUAGUACAGGUAAAUCAAUCUAUGGCCAGUAUCGAAUGUCUAUGGCCAGUAUCGAAUGUCUAUGGCCAUUAUCGAGUGUCUAUGGCCAGUAUCGAAUGUCUAUGGCCAUUAUCGAGUGUCUAUAGCCAGUAUCGAAUGUUUAUGGCCAGUAUCAAAUAUCAAUGGCCGGUAUCAGGUAUUUUCAUAGUGUUGUAAUCUUGGGACUUUGGCAUCGAGCAGAUAUUAGUGGCCUUAAAAUGUUACUAUAUUUUAUUGUUGAAGGUUAUUAUGUACACCAAGUAUGUUGGUAUAUUGUCAUAGUAUUUUUUUAGUUACUUUUUAAAGUCAAAAGUAAGUAUUUUUAAGUUACGUGUAUUAUGUAAUUUUCGAAUCCCAGCGACUCCCUGCUUACAACCAACAUUUCAGCGAGUGUAUAAAUAUUGUAUUUGGAUUUAAAUAUUUUCCCGAGAAAUGCGUUUCGGAGGUAUGUGACCUAACACGUAUUGGGCAGUCGCUUCUGUGAAAACAGGACCUGUCAAAUUUUUAGAUAAGCGGUCUCCGUGAAGAACGGGGUAAUGGUAGGGAGAUGAUGAUGGAUUUAAGUAUAUUUUCGUCCAAAUUAAGUAUCUUAUGUGAUUUAUGUAAUACAAAGUAUUUUAUGAAAAUAAUUAUGUAUAUCAAUUUUAUGCAUUUACUUAUUGAAUAUUAAGUUAAGUGAAGCAUUUAAUGCAAUUUUAUCUGUAAACGGAGUACGUAUAGUGAAUGUUAUAGUCAUAAUAUUAUUGUUGUAUAGAAUAUUAUUAUCUCAUGCAAUGGAAAUGGUUUUAAAUAAGAUCUAUACUGAAUAAGAAUGAAAAUAAAAUUGGUACUUAUACUCAAGA